CUUUUCUCUCGUAUGAGCUCCUCCGCGCAGGAUUUGCCAUUCGGAUGUCGCCUUCUUUGGAACGGCGCUCGGAGUCACUUUGAACCCCCCGGUGGCGCAGCGGCGGCGGCAGCUGCCUCGGUCUCUCCUCCUCUUCCUCUUCCUCCUCCUCCUCCAGUGCUAUGACAGGCAAACUCGUGGAGAAGCUGCCAGGGACCAUGAACGCUUUGAUGAACCAGUUGCCUGACAAUCUGUACCCGGAGGAGAUCCCCAACUCCCUGAAUCUUUUCUCCGGCAACGGCGAGGCGACUGUGGCUCACUAUAAUAACCAGAUGGCGACAGAUAAUGUUAUGGAUAUUGGUUUAGCCAACGACAAGGCCGGGCAGGACUUGUCUUCCUACUCGGGCUCCUUCCAGCCCGCUCCCGGGGGCAACAAGACGGUGACCUACCUGGGCAAGUUCGCCUUCGACUCGCCCUCCAACUGGUGCCAGGACAACAUCAUCAGCCUGAUGAGCAGCGGCAUCCUCGGCGUGCCGCCGCCCUCCUCCGGCGGCCAGGCCUCGACGGGCGGCAUGGUGCAAGCGCAGAGCCAGGCCGAAGUGGAGGGCAUGUACCCGGCGCUGCCCCCGUACUCCACAUGCAGCGAGCUUUACCCGGGAGAGCCCGUCUCCUUUCACGACCCGCAGGGCAACGCCGCCGGCUUGGCUUACCCCACGCAGGACUACCAAGGAGCCAAGCAGGGUGGCGGCUUGGACGGCAAUCUCUUCCCCAUGAUCCCGGACUACAACCUCUACCACGGGCACCCCAACGACCUGGGCAGCCUCCCAGAACACAAACCUUUCCAGAACCUGGACCCGAUCCGGGUCAACCCGCCCCCCAUCACCCCACUGGAGACCAUCAAAGCCUUCAAGGACAAGCAAAUCCACCCGGGCUUCGGUAGCCUCCAGCAGCAACCGCCCCUCACCCUUAAGCCCAUCCGGCCGCGCAAGUACCCCAACCGGCCCAGCAAGACCCCGCUCCACGAGCGGCCCCACGCUUGUCCGGCCGAAGGCUGCGACCGGCGCUUCUCGCGCUCCGACGAGCUCACGCGGCACCUGCGCAUCCACACGGGCCACAAGCCCUUCCAGUGCCGCAUCUGCAUGCGCAGCUUCAGCCGCAGCGACCACCUCACCACCCAUAUCCGCACCCACACCGGCGAGAAGCCCUUCGCCUGCGAGUUCUGCGGGCGCAAGUUCGCGCGGAGCGACGAGCGCAAGCGGCACGCCAAGAUCCACCUCAAGCAGAAGGAGAAGAAGGCCGACAAGGGGUCCGCUGCCAGCUCCGUGGGGCCCGGCCUCGGGGGGCCCUCCGGCUCGCCUGCGGUCUCUGGGCUGGCGCCCGUGGUCACCACCUGCGCGUGACGCUGCUGCCCCCGCCGCCCCAACGACUCCCAGUGCCUCCCGAGCCAGGCUGCCUUUGGUUGCGACCUCGCGCAAAAGCCGCGCAGCAGGAGCGACUCCUGGCCCAGGCCUGCUCGGGCUCCCGUUUGAAGUGGGGGUGGGCUGCCCUCGGCGCCCUCCGCUUCCCUGUCCCCACCGGCGAGCUGCUGGCUGGUGGGAAGGGAGGCUUGAACUUUCCGCGCGGAUCGUCUUGAUCCUAAGCGGGCUCAGAAAGGAGUUUUGCGGGGAGCGGCGGCUGCGCCACUUCCUCCUCGGAAGGACUGCCGGAGGGGGGGAAGGGGCGGAGGUGUCGGGCUGGGUUUGGAUCUGGCUGACACGUGUAAAUGAGGGGCGCAGGGUUGGAUACGGGGCGUCCCCUCUUGGAUUAUUUCAGCCCCCGGACGCCCUUGCCCUCCCCUCCCAAAAGGCGCCCUUCCUUCCUCCUGAGCGUCCCCUCUUUCUUCUCCCUCGCUAGAGGGGGGCACCAAAGCGCAGUGCCUGCUGCCUGUGGAGACCGUGUCUGCCUGCAUGCGUGUGUCUGCCUGCGCGUGGAAGUGUGUGCGUACGUGCGUUGGCCCCUGGAUCUGACCUGGACUAUUUGCACCCUAGAAUUAAUCCCCCCCCCCCCCGCCACUUUGCCCCCCCCAAUAACUUGCGGGGGGGGACCCAAAGUCGAAUUUGCAUCCAAAAAGAAAGAAAGGGCAUUGGAUCCUUACAAAAAAAAUGCGCAGGAGGGGGGGGGGCUGGGCUGGCUCCUUUCCUCUAUGUCUCUCUAGACCCUUCCAGUAGCUGCCUGUCGAUCUGCUUCGUUUGCCUUUGCCACUGCUGUUUGGGGGUAGUAGCUCAAAUUCUGGUUUCUAAAGAGUAUCCCCUUUCUUUUCUGGUUCUUCUAGGCUGCUCUCCUCUGCCUUUCUCCCCUCCCCUCAUCUCCAACCCAGCUUGACAUGUAAGCCCCUAACGAGGUCAAAGUAGUGGAGGCUCCUUUCCCUGGCUGUCCUGUCUUCCUUCUGGCCACCUGGAGGGGUAGCUGAAAUGGCCAGCCACCACCCUCCUCCUCCUCCUCCUCC